UAGCUAGCUCCGUGGGCUUCAUAUUUUACCUCUAGCAGAUCAUCGAAAUGCAGCAAAUAUUCAUAUCUUCCUUUUGCUUAUUCUCAUUAAUAAUGACUUUCUUCAAAGUAACUGUAGCGUGUACAGAAUUCAGCUGUGGGUAUAAUGGCCUGGCUAUUCAUCUCCCAUUCCGCAGGGGAGAUGAUGAGCACCGAAUUGUUCUAGGAAAAUUCCUUGUCAAACACAUAGAUUAUAUCCGUCAGGAAAUCCAACUAAGUACCCCAGACUGCCUUCUACUAACUUCUUUAGACAACUCCUACAUGGACUUGCCAAGCUCUCCGUUCUACGCAGACGAAACUGUUAACCUUACCCUAUUCCGUUGUCCUGUUCAAAGAGUUGUAGAUAAUGCAAGACUAGUCCCCUGCCUUGGUAACUACGCAGCUUAUGCCGUUGAAUCUUUCACAUCCCCUGGGGAUUACCCUGCCCUAGAGUCGUGUACAAAGAUGUAUGAUUUAUCACUUCUACACGGCAAUGACUACACAGCUUCCUCAGAGCCUCGUCUUAGAUGGUAUAAACCAAACUGUUCAGAGUGCAAAGCAAUGGGAAACAAGUGUAGAUUGAAGAACAAUGGCAUUCAAAGUGAAAUUGAAUGCGUUCACCCCAGGAAACCAAGUGCAACACCGAAAUUAGUCGCAUCAGGUUCGACUCUGGGUUCAUUUCUUAUCCUACUGCUGGCGUUUAAAGCCUAUCGUUUCUAUACAUGGGAUAGAAAUGAAAAGGAACAUCAAUUGAAAGUUGAAAAGUUUCUAGAGGAUUACAAAACUUUGAAACCAAGUAGAUAUUCUUAUGCAGAUAUUAAGAGAAUUACAAAUGAAUUCAGGGACAUGUUGGGUGAAGGAGCCUAUGGAACUGUCUUUAAAGGAAAUCUUUCCACUGAAUUUUUUGUGGCUGUCAAAGUCCUCAACAAUUCUAAAGGAAAUGGAGAAGAAUUCAUCAAUGAAGUUGGAGCAAUGGGUCGUAUCCACCAUGUUAACGUGGUUCGCUUGGUUGGCUUUUGCGCCGAUGGGUUUAAAAGAGCUCUUGUUUAUGAGUACUUCCCCAAUGGUUCCCUACAAGAUUUCAUUUCAUCAGCAGAUAACAAGAACAAUUUUCUUGGUUGGGAUAAGCUGCAAAAUAUUUCUCUGGGAAUAGCCAAAGGAAUUGAAUAUCUCCAUGAAGGAUGCGAUCAAAGAAUCCUCCAUUUUGAUAUCAAACCUCGUAAUGUUUUGUUAGACCAGAACUUCACUCCCAAAAUUUCUGAUUUUGGUCUGGCCAAGUUAUGUUCUAAGGAUCAAAGUAUUGUGUCAAUGACUACAGCUAGGGGCACAAUGGGCUACAUUGCACCUGAAGUAUUUUCGAGGAAUUUUGGAAAUGUGUCUUACAAGUCAGAUGUCUAUGGUUUCGGAAUGUUGUUGUUGGAGAUCGUAGGAGGGAGGAAGAAUAUUGGUCCAACCAUGGACGACAACGCUAGUGAUGUUUAUUACCCAGAGUGGAUCUAUAAUCUUCUAGAAGAAGGAGAAGACCUACGAGUACGUAUUGGGGAAGAAGGAUCAGGUGCUGGAAUUGCAAAGCAACUAGCAAUUGUAGGGCUUUGGUGCAUUCAAUGGCACCCGGUGGAUCGUCCAUCCAUGAAAGUAGUAGUUCAAAUGUUAGAAGGAAGAGAGAACUUAACCAUGCCGCCUAAUCCUUUUGGCUCUACAAAUUCUACGAGAACAAAUGCAAGUCUGCCAGCCUUAAGACGCUUGAACCUCGAGUUAGAUGCAAUUGUUGAAUUGGAGUUAGACGCUUGAACCUCGAGUUUGUAUGUAUUAAACUUUGUAACUGUUAUCAUCAACCUAGUAAUUAAAUUAUUUUUGGUUUUUUCUGUCCAGAGCAGAUAA